AUGCGACAUCAGUCCAGCUGUGGAGGACCCUGCUCAGUUCGAGUACGUUCAGAAGGCACGCAGACUGUUCCUCACAUCUGGGAUUUUGAUGUCGGUCAAAGGUUUAGUUGCAGUGUUAUCGGCGUUGCUCUAUAUGAUGCCUUCAUGUGUGCAGUAGUUCUGCCCUGUGACCUCAUUUUAGCCCACCCGAACUUUAACAGAAAAGAACACUUCUUCCUUCUUAAUUUUCACAUUUUCUUCACCCCCAGUCGUGGAACUAUCAUGGCAAUUCUGCUAGCUCUCAAUACAUCGCUGUUGUACGUACGGAUCUGUCAUCCAUUGCAGGCCAAAACUCUGAAAGCCAACAUCUGCAAGGUGGUGCUGUUCCUUCUCCUUCUGAGUGCGUUUUGCAGCAUGGGCACCUUCUUUGCCUACACCCAUUUGUACGUCUCCAGCGUCUCGAAAACACCAGCAGCGUAUCGACUGCUAAAAUGCCUUUUCUUUGCCAUAUUCGUUGUCAGCAGUCUGGCUGCUAUCAUUAUGCACAUACUCAUUUUUCGUGAGCUGUUAAAGGUUCAUGUGCUGCCGAGGCCCAACAGCUGGGAGGCUCGUCCUUCUGGUGUCUUUGUGGGCCUGUGGAGAACCCGUAGUGUCCCAUUGUCAUCUGCGCGACGGACGGCCAUUCUUCGAACCAUAAGAAGCCUAUUCGGUAUUUCUUUCCUCUGUGUUUUGGACAUGACCUUCUAUCUCCUUAACCUACCACUCUUCUUGGUGCUCUUUGGCCUACUGAACAUGCACUUUUAUGUUCUGGCGCUAGCAUCCUGCGUUCAUAUGCUGAACCCACUGGUCCACAUUUCUCUCAGCUGGAAAGUACAUGAAGCAGCCGUCAUGCGAACACGUCGCAUUUUGAGUACACGCUUAUCCUCCAUGCUGCUGUCUUCGAUGGACUCAUCUCCUCCUAAUUCCAUUAAGCAUGAGGACAGAAAGCAGUCAAAUGAACCCCAAACUGCCGCGGGAGAAUCAUCUUCGCCUCCAGAAGUCUAA